UAGUGUACCCAAUUUGUAAUCACAAAUUGUUGCACCCUAAACUGAAGCAAGCUCAAUAGGCGCAAUUCUACGAAGAAAAGACCAUACGACGACGACAUGGCGAAGAAGAAGAAGAGAGCCGAGGCAGAAGCAGUGGAAGCACAAACAGAAGCUCCGAAUGCAGAAACCGAGUUAGAGCUCGUGAAUGGCGAUUCUCACGACACGAAGCAGAAGAAGAAUAAGAAAAAGAAAAGGAAGAGAGAGAAUGAGAAAGAUCACGUCCAACCCAAGGAGAUACCCACUGUCAGCAUCGCUGUCCCCGGUUCGAUCAUCGACAACGCUCAGUCUCUCGAACUUGCCACUCGUUUGGCUGGUCAAAUUGCACGCGCUGCAACCAUUUUCCGAAUUGAUGAGGUGGUUGUAUUUGACAACAAUAGUAGUUCAGUGAAUGGUUCAAGUGUUACCACAGUGCAUGACAAUUCAGAUGAUAAUGAAAGUGGCGCAGCUUUUCUUAUAAGGAUCUUGCAAUAUCUCGAGACACCACAGUAUUUGAGAAAAAGUCUAUUUCCAAAGCAUAACACCUUGCGUUUUGUGGGUCUUUUGCCCCCACUUGAUGCUCCACAUCAUUUACGCAAGCACGAAUGGGCUCCAUAUCGUGAAGGUGUCACCCUUAAGGAACAAGCUCCAAACUUUGCAAGCACACUAGUUGACGUGGGCCUUAGUAAAAAUGUUUUGAUUGAUACAGUAAUUGAACCUGGAGUAAGAGUGACUGUAGCAAUGGGAACCAAUCGCAAUUUGGACGCUGAUUUACCGCGCCAGGUUGUCUCAUCUUCCCAGCCUAGGGAAGAACUGGGAAUGUACUGGGGUUAUAAAGUGCGACAUGCUUCUAGUAUCAGUUCUGUUUUCAAUGAUAGCCCAUAUAAGGGUGGCUAUGAUCAUCUAAUUGGUACCUCAGAGCAUGGUCUGUUUUCAAAGUCUUCAGAACUUACAGUACCUUCUUUUAGGCACUUAUUAAUUGCUUUUGGGGGGCUUGCUGGGUUGGAAGAGAGCAUAGAAGAAGACAAUAACUUGAAGGGGAAAAAUGCGCAAGAGAUAUUUGAUUCAUACUUGAACACGUGUCCAAAUCAAGGAAGUAGAACAAUUCGGACAGAGGAAGCUAUCUUUAUAUCACUUCAGUAUUUCCAAGAACCAAUCAACCGAGCUUUGCAGAGAUUUGAACAUCAAAAUUAGUCAGCUUGAAGUCAUCAAAGAACAACAUCAUCAAGAAGUUCACAACUUUGCACCAAAUAUUGGUCAAUUUUCAACAGCUUAUGAUUCUGCAGAGCCUGAAGUUAGUUGCUGACACUAAAAAGAGAUGGUCAAUCGCUAUGCAGGUGGAGAUUCUCCUCGGUUAGGCAUUUAGUUGGUUGGUGGACUUCUUGUUGGAAUUGAACCUUCGCCUAACCGAUUUUGUAAUAGAUGUUUUAGGUUUUCAAAUAACAGAUGGUGAUUAGUGUGAGCUUAAAGGUGAGCAGAUUUUGUAAUGGAUGUUUUGUUUCACAAAAAAAUUUUCAGUUAAAGGUUCCAAUUUUAUUCAA